GCUCCGGACCUGCUUCCGCUCCCCUGAUGUCGGAACGCCCCUCCGUCUCCUCGAAGUCCAAGAAGCUGGUGAACAAGGACAGCAUGGAGUACCGGCUGCGCCGGGAGCGGAACAACAUCGCCGUGCGCAAGAGCCGGGACAAGGCAAAGCGCCGGAACCUUGAGACCCAACAGAAGGCCAUGCAGUACAUGUCCGAGAACGAGCGUCUGCGCUCCAAGGUCGACCAGCUCACCCAGGAGCUCGACACCCUCCGAGGCCUCUUCCGCCAAAUGCCGGAGGGCGGCAUGUCCCAUUCGAGGCCCUAGCGGUGAGGGAGGUGGGGGAUGGAGGGGUUUGGCGUGGGACUGGGAAGUUGCCGGACAUUUGCGGUGGGCGAUGGGGUA